AUGUCCAUUUUCAACAUACUGUGCGGUUGCGUGACCCGCAGUUCCCCACUGUCAUCUCAACCGCCGGCUCAGCCUCGUCAUCAACCCCAAAACGGAGACAAUGGCACCGCCACAUAUAAUCCAGACAGCAAUGGUCCCCCAGGGAUGUACGAGGAUGAUGGCUACAGCCCCGUCGUCCCAUUACCAAGAUAUACCCCACGACCCGUGAGCAUUCAGGAGAAAACGCUAGAAGCACACAUGCGGGAUCCACCAGUGUCAUCUUCUGAGAACGGCAGCAACUCCACAUAUUUCCAAGAUGAAAAGGACCGUCUCGCCUUUGAGAUGGCCCCUAACCGGAACCACAAUCCCGAAGACCUGACCUCGGAGGUCUCUUCCGCUAUCUCUUUCCCCAGUAGCUACGGGAAUACCUCGACGGCAACGAGGGACACUCCGCCACCGCCGUAUUCGUCUCGCGGGGUCUCUCCUGCGCCGUCGAGGUCUAUGUCAGUGUCUUCAUCGGGGUAUCCGCUGCCGCCACAGCAGGUAGCUAUGAUGCAGAUUGCGCAGCCCCGGCCUGUAUUCCAAAGGCCGCACGGUUUAGUCCGGAAUGUGUUGUCGCGAAGAAGUUUCGAUGAAGAGCAUGAGUCUGGGAGACCACGGAGGUUCUCGUGGGAGAGCCAAUAG